AUGGGACUUAAAACUCAAUUUCAUUUCAUUUUCUGUCCAGGUGGGAAUUGCGAUACUCACCGUGUCGUUAGACAAUGCAAUACUCAGAUGGACUACGGUUACCAAAACCCACCAAUGCAGCAGAUCAAUCCACAAGGUGGCAGAUAUCCAUCAUUACCAAACCAUCAAUAUAUUUAUCAGAAUCAGCCAUCAAGUAGCUAUUCUCGUCAAAAUGAUUAUAUAAGACAAAAGCAGUUACCAAAUAGUUUAAAUGGGCAAACUCAUCAUAAAGAAGCACCCCGCGUCAUAUAUGAUCCUUACGACCAAAGUAUGCUAAGGCAAGGUAGAAAAAGGCCAUUCCUUGAAAACAGAUCCCCUGAACCGCACCAAGAAGAACCUCAGGUACCUAUUCCAACCUGUCAACAAUAUGUUCAAAAUUUCACAUCAUCACCAAACAGCAAGCUUCAGAAUCAAGGUACAGUAUACAACGAUCCUCAAGCAAUCCAUUUUAGAACAGAACCACAAGCUCGAUACCAAUAUCUUCCAGAAGGCCACAGGACUUUACAGUUUCCACAAGAGAAGGAACCAUCGCUUAUCAGCAGGACAUAUUUAGAGGAAUUUCUACCUAUUGAACAAGGCAUCCAAACGCCAAUACCGAUCCACGCAAGACCUGAAUCAAUGGAAGAAUUUGAAAGUGAACAUCUUAAACCUGGUCCAUCAGAAAUGUAUAAUUAUUUGCCUGGUACAAGACGCGAUCUUUCUUCGGCCUUUAAGCCAUACAUUAAUUCACGUCUAAGGGAGAGAGAGCCUCAAAAUCAAUCAGGGUGCAGAGAGAUGUUUCACUCAAGGCAGUACAAUGAUAGGCAAACUGGAGAAAAGAAAGAUCCUUUUGACAAGAGGCUAUUCAAUAAUCAGUACCAUGCUAAUACUGCCAAUAGAGACAGGUUUAUCAUUCCCAUCAGAGAAAACUCUGAGUUUGAAAACCAAGAUAAAAGGAAAUUAAUUUCCAACAGGGUUCACGUGAUAAUGGAAGAUGUCGAUGAUCCUUCUGGAUUGAACUCUUCUACAAAUACACAUAAACCUUUGGAAACCUUAGAAACUGCAGAAAGAAGUCAAAAUAUGGACAAAAUUAUGUAUGCCAAAAGGGUUGCGCAUAAAUUUGAUGAUGCUUCUAAGCAAAUUAUUAUUCCCGCCCCUUCCAAGAUAAAAGUUCGAACACAGCAUGGUCACAAACACCACAAAACAUCUCAACUUGCAGGAAUGUUGAACCAUGUAGCAGCUGGUGCAUCCACUUUUGAUGGUAAUUCCUAUUUAGUUCAAUCAAUGGUAGGAGGAGUGGGUGGUAUGAAUCCAAUGCAUACUGCUUAUCAACAGCAAUACUUUUAUCCACCGAUUGCCCAACCAGAAUACCAAUAUAUUCCCCAGUAUGUCACUUACAACCAACCAAUGCCUAUUACUCCAAGUUAUGUUCCUGAAAAUGAGUAUGGCGGAACAUACUUUCAGCUAACUGGAACCAAUCAUGCAUCAUAUAACCCAGUCAACGCGUAUUUACAACAAACAUAUUCGGAAUCUGAUUACAGUGGACAAUCUUCCCAAGAGGAUCUUGGAAGUCAUGGAGAGCGUUCAAUGAUAACAGAUGGUAGUAAGAAUAAAGAUGAAAUCCAAGUGUCAAUGCCAGAAAAAUUAGACACGCCAGCGUUUGGUGAGCAUGACCUACUUGGUCUUACACGGAAAGAGUCACGUGAAGAUACAAUACAACCUAAACCGUCUAUAAAAGCUGCAGUUGAGCAGCUUGAAAAUAAUGUUGAGGACCUGUUUCCUAUAAUUGAAAGUGAAGUGAUGCCUUCAAGAAUGCCAUUUCCUGAGCAGCCGGAGAACAUCCCUGUAAAUGAAACUGGUCAAGAUUCAAUCAAAGGUUUUGACAGAAUGUCGACUAAUGAAUCCUCCAGUCAACCCGAUUUUGCACUCCCUGUUGAUAUCGAAGAUGAUUUUGAAGAUUUUCUUCUCGGCACUGCAAAACCCAUGGAGACUGGUAUACAGAAAUCAGAAAGGCCAAAUGAAAAAGACAUGUUUGAUUUGGAUGUGCUGUUUGAAGGCGACUUUUAUAAAAGAGAUAUCAUUCAGUACAAAUCUUCUGAUCAUGAGAAAUCAGAGGGUUCAAAUUUUCCAAACUCUCAAAAUACAACCCAAAUAGAUAGUCAAAACACCUUUCAAAAAAAUGUAAAAGAUAGGGAAAAGCCAAGUAUUAACACUUCUGAAGAUAAUUAUGAUGAUUUCAUUGCUGAGUUGAUGGGUGAGACCAGAGUUGCUGGGACUGGGACAGCACAUGAGACAGCUGAAGAAAUGUCAAAUUCAAUUCAAUCAAGAAAUAGAACCCAUACACCUUCAGAUGGUAAAUGUCAAGAUGUACAACCACCACAAUUUCGUAAAGGAGAAGUGGAAGUCAGUCCAAUUUUAAGUAACAGUGGAGCAGCUUCUGAAGAUUUCUACAGUGAACUGCUCGAGGAUCUCUUAGGGAACGCAGAGAUAGAUGGAGCUCAAAGUACAAUGCCUGAAAAUGAAGCAGCUGUUGAUUUGAGCUCCAACUGCGACACAUUAGUCCAUUUUCAUGAACCUCCAACUCAUAGCCUACAAGACUUAAUCAAAGAUAUGGGAAGCAGCGUAUCAUCAAUUCUCAGUGAUAUUCUUAGUACCUCACAUUGAAAAAAGACUUUGUUCUAUUUUAAAAUAUCAAAAGCAAACAAUCUUUCAGAAUAUUGUAAUAAAAUAAAUAUUGAUUUACUG